UUGCCAUAGGCGCUGUAGCGAGUAUGUCAAAGAAAUGUAUUGAUAUUUUUCGAUAUGUGUAGACAAAUCUCAGGCAGACGCCAUUCAGGCAGAGUUGGGCGAACAGCUGAAAGGCUCUGGAAUGAAAGGCGGCGUCCAGAUCUCGACUGUUGACGCAUUUCAAGGAUCUGAAAAGGAUGUUAUCAUUGUAUCAACAGUGAGAACAGAUUCGAUCGGAUUCAUCGACAACCGCCAGCGUGUUAAUGUUGCGCUGACGCGUAGCAAACGCCAUCUCUUUAUCGUCGGAAACUCCCGGUUGCUGAGUUCAAACAGCAUUUGGGGCCCCAUUAUCAAAGACCAUUGCAGCAAAUUUGCAGACGGCUUCAUGAGCGGCGAUCAAUUUAUGCCGCGACUGAGAGCUCUUAAACCGCUCGUACGGCAAGUCGACAUCGAGCCGCCGCAUCUACUUGAAUCCGAGGAUGAAGAUGACCAUGAGGAUGGUCAUACAGACAAAGAUGCCUCGGAUUAUGAUUAUGACGAGCCCGACUAUGCUGCGCACGACCAUGACAGCGAGUCAGCUUCGGAACCUGCUGUUCAGCCUGCAGCUCGUCGAACAUACAUGCUCUACGAAGCAGACGAGGAGAACGAUGAAGAGAGUGAUGACGCGUCCGAAAUUGUCCCGGAGAGUCGAACGCACUAUGCCAGCCGUUCGAACAGCAGUUCUGCGCGAAAGUAUUAUGGUGAAGUAGUCAAUUUCUCUAACGCUUAUAGUCAUUCUGAGGUAAUGGGUCAGGCUAUUGAUUCUACGGAAGCUGCACUGGGGCACGUAACUGACUCGUCCAGCCCAGGAACCAGGAGGGACUUCGCGCGUGUCGCACCGCACAGCAACACUGCUAGCGCGAUUGCAAGGGCUCGAUAUGCAAACUCUCGUCGGUUGGACUUUAUUCCCGCGCAGCAAGAGCCGAGUCGUCAUUCAUCGCAGGAAAAUGUGCCUCGGCAGACUGAUACUCCCAGAGUUGAUCUCUCGUCGAAACGCUCUUUGGUUGAAGAGGAGCAGCAACUGGGACGGAAGCCUGUCAAGGAUGAGCCCAUGCAUUCAACUGAGGGACCUACUGAAGACGAAGAGGAGGUUGUAUGGGAGAUGGGUGAAGAGGAAGAGGAGGUCAACGAAGCUCCGAAAUCCGCCUUGUUUGAAAACUCGGUUGAGCGAUCGACGCAGCCCAAGUUCAAUGAAGGCCUUCAGUCACAGCAUACUGAUGGGUCACAGGAUGGACAGAAACGGUUUUCUGCCGCGUAUGAAUCUCAACGGAUAGAGGAUCUAGAUGUUGGUGGAUGGUCGCAAUUAGUGGGUUCCGGGAUGGUUGGCUCUCUCGGCAUGACACGCGAAUCAACGACCGAUCGGAAGGCGGGAGUGUUUCAGCAAGACGACGAUGAGGACGGCGAUCUCUCGUGCCUAGAAGUCGGUGAUUUGGAUAUGCUUUGAUUUAAUAAAUAUAGGCGCGUUUACAUAUGAAGAAGUGUGUGCUCCGAACGCGUGUGUGAAAAUGAAAGUGAG